CAACCUUCUUAAAAAAGGAGAAAGAGAAGAAGACGAGCAUUGCGAGGAACAAUGGCCGGGUUUGAGUGACGGGUUGCAAUUUUUGUGAAUUUAACCAACAAAAGUGGCGCAUUUAUAGCUGAAAUCGCACGUAACGUUUUACUUAAUUUUCCAACGCCACCCUAACGUAGCAAAGAAGACAUGGCCGCACUGGCAGCUAAACGGGAAGGACCACAGUUCAUUAGUGAGGUUUCCGUGCGAGGUAACGCUGCCGUUUUGGAUUACUGCAGAACAUCCGUUUCAGCCCUUUCCGGGGCGACUGCGGGGAUCCUGGGGCUGACAGGAUUGUAUGGCUUCAUCUUCUAUUUUUUAGCCUCGUUCCUCCUUUCCCUCCUCCUCAUUCUCAAGGCUGGUCGUCGAUGGAACAAGUGCUUCAAGUCUAGGCGCCUGCUUUUUACAGGAGGACUCGUGGGAGGCCUUUUUACCUACAUUCUUUUUUGGACCUUCCUCUACGGCAUGGUUCAUGUGUACUAGACUGAAAUAUUUAUGGAGCAACACAGCACACGUCUUUUCAGAAAUGAAGGACUCCAUGUAAAUUUGCGAUUUUACAACCCGCCAAUGUUAACCCCCCUUUUGAUCUGUAUACAGGCUGUAGCCUACAGCAGUAAAUAUUGUAUGACUCUGUAUAGAUUCAAAAUUACACAGGCCACAUUUGAAAUGUUUUCCUUGAUUUCAAUAAUUAUAGCAUACUGAAAUAUUAUUUUUUUAAAGCUUGCUCAUUGCUUUGAAAACUAGAAAAUAUGGAUGUCAUGUCAUAGUUAACUGAACGUAUGAGAAGUCGGAUUAGAGGGCGUGAAACGGGUGGAUGUUUUGGUUUACAAGCUGGACCGGGGCCCACCGGUGAGUGGAUUCAUAGAUUAGAUGAGGAAAUAACUUGUAUAUCUUACCUUCCAAUGGCAUGCAAACGGGCCUAACACUGCAUUAGAUGCAGAAAUUAACAAAUGGUGUAAUAGGCCACAGUAAAGGGGUUGGGUCCCAGAAAAUGUACUUGGUAAUUAAUUGGGUCCUAGGUUUGGAAAGCUUUGGAACCACUGGUUUAACUUGUCUGUUACCCAGGACGGGAUGCCAAUCUAUUUCAUUGCCAGUAUAUGUAUCCAGUACUGUGUGUACUGCAGAAGGGUCAUGUACAUCCUAUAGGUUUUUUUGGGAAAGAUUUAGGAAAUAUUGAUUAAUUGUGCUAAUAAAUAACCUGCCAUUAUACAUA